AUGGUAUCCAUGUGCAUCGUAAUGGAAGGUUACGACGCUAUUCUAAUCCACAAUUUCUUCGCCUACCCGGCUUUUGCUCAGAAGUACGGCCACUAUGACGAGGUCACGGCCACAUUCCAAUUGUCGGCGACCUGGCAAGUGGCAUUGGGCAAUGCCGUGGGUGUGGGCUCAUUCUUGGGUACCAUAGCGAAUGGAUAUCUUGUGCCUUGGUUUGGGCCGAAGAAGAUAAUUUUGGGCGCGCUCUUGGUGUUGGCUGGAUUUAUCGCCAUCACAUUCGUAGCCCCGAAUAUCUGGGUGCUCUGUGUCGGCGAGUUUCUUUGUGGGCUUCCUUGGGGCGUGUUUGCAAGCGUGGCGCCGGCCUAUGCAUCCGAGGUCUUGCCACUAUGUCUAAGGGUUUAUCUGACAACCUUUACCAACAUGUGCUUUAUCCUUGGCCAAUUGGUUGCAGCCGGCGUCUUGCAGGGGCUACUCACCAUCGAUGGAUCAUGGUCAUACCGCGCCGCUUUCGCUCUUCAAUGGUUAUGGCCGAUAAUUCUGCUUCCAGUACUAUAUUUUAUGCCUGAGUCACCUUGGCAUUUGGUACGGACUGGUCGACUUGAAGCAGCCGAAAGAUCCCUUGCUCGACUCCAAUCGAAACAUGCAACUUCUGACGUCAAGGAAACAUUAACGAUGAUUGUUUCCAUCAAUAUUGCCGAGGGUAAGGUAUCUAGGGGUACAUCCUACUUGGAUUGCUUCCGUGGAACUGAACGUCGACGGACAGAAGUUGCAUGCAUGGCUUUUGUUGGGCAAGUGCUGUCGGGGACAUCGUUUGCAUACAAUUCCACCUACUUCUUCCAGCAAAUCGGACUUCGGACAUCCGAUGCUUACAAGCUGAAUGUGGGUGGAAUAGGCAUUGCAUUACUUGGGACCAUCACUUCCUGGUUUUGUAUCAUGCCGUAUGUCGGACGACGUCGUAUGUAUCUUUUUGGCAUGGUCACAUUAUCGACCAUUCUACUUUUAGUUGGCCUUCUUGCUAUAAAAGACUCGAGUAGCACGAUAGUUAUCGGACAAACAGCCUUGAUUCUCCUGUGGACAUUCAUCUUUCAACUGUCUAUUGGUCAACUUGGCUGGGCAAUUCCGGCGGAAAUUGGCUCGACGCGUCUUCGGCAAAAAACCAUUUGCCUGGCGCGAACCUCUUACUAUCUCGUCGACACUCUCGCCAAAACCAUUGAGCCCUACUUGAUGAAUCCAACCAAGUGGAAUCUCAAGGGCUAUACAGGGCUUCUCUGGGCUGGAACGGCACUCAUCGCUGCAACCUGGACCUUUUUUCGGUUACCCGAAACCAAGGGUCGCAGCUUUGAGGAGCUCGAAAUACUAUUCGAGCGAGAUGUUCCGACGAGAGAGUUUGCCUCGUAUAAAAUCGAGAGGCCGGUAGCGAGAGGCGAGUCUGAGCUGGAUAAUCGAUAA